AUGACUGCUCCCCUCUCGCACCAGACCGUUACCGUUAAGGACGCCGCCGCUGUUCGCAAGCGCAGAAGACGCGCUCCUGCCGGGGGUGCUUCCGAUGACUGCUUCACAUGCUCCAAGCGAAACGUCAAAUGCGACCGCCGGCGGCCGUACUGCUCCCAAUGCCUCGAAAUUGGCAACGAAUGCUCCGGUUACAAGACCCAGCUGACCUGGGGCGUCGGAGUUGCCAGCAGGGGCAAACUGCGUGGCCUGUCUCUGCCCAUCGCCAAGGCGCCCCCGGUCACCCGUGAGCCCAAGAAAUCGCCCAUCAGCCGGUCGCGGUCCAACUCGACAGCGCCCGUUGUAUCUGCACACUGGAGCGAGCAUGAGGACCAACGGAGGUCACAUCGUGGUCCCAUGGACAUCCCGCCUCUCUCACACAUUCCCGGAUCAACCCCCACGACUCCUUACCCUGGAUCCGGCUACGAGUACCUGUCCAUGUCUCACCCAGAGAGCGUCGUGCCGCAUGGCAGCUGGGGCAGCGUCCAUUACUCUUCCAACAUGGUCCACUCUCCCGACGCCACACCCAAGUACUCCAAGUUCCCCUUGCCUCUCAUCACCGACGGGCUUUCCUCGUCGGUCGAUUCAGUCAGCGACGUCGAUUACCUCUCCCCUCUUAGCCAGUCAUACUCCCGCGAGGAGAUGCCAUUCGGCAGCAAUCAUUCCGUCAUCUACGACGGCUAUCCCGCCAACCAGCAAAACUCCCCCGUGCCGCAAAGCCCGCCCUCCGCUCUCGUUCUUGACCACAGCAGGGCGCCCACGUCAUGUCCGGGCCUCGUUUACGCUCCCUCUGAGCCCAGCUCCAGUCUCCCGUCGCACCUGGAUCACUUCGACGCGCACCUGGGCCACAAGCUGAUGCGGGAGUGUGACCCCCUCAGUGUUCCUCCAGUCGACGCGUUCGCCACAAGUCCCAAUCCUGCUGGCCAAAUCUGGACGCCGUCUCACACCCGGGACGAGGACCUGCACUCGCCCCAAUCAGAACACGCACAGGCUCGAUGGCCCGCCCUUCGAGGGGCGAAUGCCUUGCGUGUAAGCCCCGACCUGGUGGCUCGUAUGCCAUUUUUCAUGGACUAUUACAAGAACACCAUGGCUCCGUCCAUGGUAUACAUUGACGGCCCGCACAACCCUUUCCGCGACCACAUUUUGCGGCUCGCCGCCAACAGCCAAAGCCUGCAACACGCCAUCUGCGCAUUAUCGGCGUGCAACCUGCGCAUGAAGCGGAAGCUGAGCCUAGGUCACGACACGCAAGAGUUGUGGGAGAGGCUGAUGGCCGAGAAGCAGGCCAUAGACAGUUUGGGCGACGCUCAGCCAGAGGAACCAGCGCUUGCGGAGGAGUUCCAGCAUCGCAACCUUGCCGUUCAUCUCCUCAACGAGCAGCUAAACGAUCCUGUCAAGUCGGCUUAUGACUCGGUCCUCGCAACAAUUCUACUCCUGUGCCAUUACCGCAUGGUGGAGUCUGGGGUGGCCAGGUUCCACACGCAGUUCGCGGGAGUCAAAAAGAUCCUCGCCAUGAGGUCGGAGCGCUUCGGCCCAUGCCGUGACUCUGCUUGGAUAGAGGCUCUUUUUACGUAUUUCGACGCUAUAUCGGCCAGCAUCAACGACCGCGAAGCGCAACUGACACCUUGGGCGGACGAUGAAUUCGCCACGGACCAGCUCCUGCCCCUUGGCGCCGAGAACCUGGUUGGCUGCGAGAGGGAGCUGUUCAAGACCAUCAGCAAGCUCGGACGCCUGAAUUUGCUAUCGCAGCAUCGGCCCGUGCAGAACAUGGCGGUGUCUCCUCGGCGCAGCUCAGAGGCGUCGCAGCAGCCACACAGCAUGACGUCCCCGUUGACUCAAUCGUACAGGGACAACAUGACCGGCGUCCACAGCCAGCAGCCUGGCGACCUGUUCCAAAUGCCCACGCAUAGAUUCGACGGCAAUGGUUUCGGUACGACACUGGAUGACGAUGAGAUCCUCGCUUCAGCCAUGUGCACAUCCUCGGCAUUCGACGACCGCCGCUCUCUGUUCUGGCGCGAAUGGAAGGACGCUCGAUAUGCGCUGCAAAACUGGCAGUUCGACGCCGUAGCCGUUGCCGCGACGUUGCCUGGAUCACCUAGCCCGGCUCAGAUCCGUGACUUAGGAUCCUUGUCGGAAGCCUUCCGCUACGCGGCUCUUCUUUACACAGAGCGGCUGGCGGGUCCGAGCACGCCAUCGAGCCACACCAAUUUCCAGAACUUGGUCAGCCAAGUUGUCUACUAUGCAACAAGCUUAGACGCCGGGAGCACUGCUGAGAAAUUUUUGCUUUGGCCGCUGUUCGUUGCAGGCUCCGAGUGCGUCAACGAGCUGCAGCAGAACAUUGUCCGAACCAAGUGUCGCGACAUCAUGAGCCGGUCGGGGUACAUGAACAAUCUGUCGGCACUGGACAUCUUGGAGAAGCUCUGGGCAGGCGACUUUAAGAAUGGCGUGGAUCUCCGGAACAGGGCGAAGAUGGCCGGCUGCAGGGGGCCCUUCAACUGGGCCAAGUGCUUCGGAGGCCCCGGCGUUGAGGCAGAGUGGAUCAUGUUCUGA